AUCUCACGCCUCAAUCCUCAUCUCAAGCUCUCUGCCUCCCUACCUCACUCUCACGGUCUCAAGCUCUCUACGUCUCUGCCUCACUCAACUCAAGCUCACUCUCUCUGAAUAUCCCUCACUCUCACGGUCUCACCUCAUGCACGCCUCUGAAAUUUUUUUUUUCCAAUCUCAAGCCUAAGGGUUUCAAUUCAACACAGCCAUGCCUCGCUACUACUGCGAUUACUGUGACACCUACUUGACUCACGAUUCUCCAUCUGUGAGAAAGCAGCACAAUGCAGGUUACAAACAUAAGGCAAAUGUUAGGUCAUACUAUCAGCAAUUUGAGGAGGCACAAACCCAAAACUUCAUUGACCAAAGGAUUAAGGAACAUCUUGGGCAAACUGCAGCAUUCCAGCAGGUUGGUGCUGCUUACAAUCAACAUCUAAUGGUUCAGAGGCCCCGCCUUCCUAUUCUACCUACACCUGUAAUGCCGAUGCCUGGUAGCACACAGUUACCUGGAAGUUCACCAUUAAUCCCAGGGAUUAGGCCUCCUGUUUUGCCAAGACCCCUUGGUGCUCCAAGUUAUAUGCCUUCUCUGGCAAUGUCACCUAUGAUGGCUCCACCUGGUGCUCCUUCCUUACCUGCUCAAUUAAAUCCUAUUCCAAGGCCUCCUGGUAGUGUAGCCACAACAGUUCCCGGAAGCACAGCAGCACCCACCUCUUCCAACGGUGCACCACCUAUGGUCACACCACCAUUGUAUCAAGCCAAUCCAGUGGCAUCAACAGGUGGAGGCUAUGAUAGUCUCAAUGCCAACACUCAAGCUCCUGAGGCUAAUCAUUAGCCUUGAUCUUCUGGCAAAUGAAG